UUCAAAGACGUCGAAGCAGAGUUAAUAACAGCAACAAUGAAAUGAAAUGAAAUAGAUAACCUGUUGAUACUUGCCAUGGCUGAUCUUCUUUCUCUCUCAUCUUUUCUGUUCUCAAUCAGCAUCUGCUUCCUCGCUUCUUCCCCACUUCACCUUUUUGUUAAUGGCGAACCAAUCAAUCUCACUCAACCUCCAGUUACGCCAAUCAACUACGAUCUCUACCAUUCCAGUGGCGAUUUGAUGGAAGAGAUUAGUGCCUUGGUCCAUCGUCACCCGGAUAAGCUCACCAUGGAGACAAUUGAAGCUGGAAACAAAGGCUAUGGUGCUGAGGUUGCUGUGGUUACUUAUUGCAAGGGAAAGAGAGAGGUUGAUGAGAGGUCAAAGUCUCGGAUCCUUCUUAGUUUCGGGCAGCAUGGAAGGGAGCUGAUCACCUCAGAACUUGCUUUAAGGAUUUUGUCUAUUCUAAGUGAAGAACAAUUUCUACCCAGCAUGGAUCAAGCUUCCUUAAACAGUACACUUGACAAGCUUAUCAUAAAGGUGGUUCCAAUGGAAAACUUGCAUGGCCGCAAACUUGUUGAAGCUGGAGAUCUCUGUGAGAGAAGAAAUGGCAGAGGAGUUGAUCUCAACCGGAAUUGGAGUGUAGAUUGGGGCAAGAAAGAAAAGGAUUAUGAUCCAUAUGAGGAGAAUCCUGGAUUUGCUCCAUUUAGCGAGCCUGAAAGCCAAAUCAUGAGGAAACUUGCCAUAUCUUUUGAACCACAUGUAUGGGUCAAUGUGCACUCUGGUAUGGAGGCUCUUUUUAUGCCAUAUGAUCAUAAAAAUACUACACCUGAUGGAUUGCCAUUGCAACGGAUGAAGUCAUUGCUUGAAGAAGUAAACCAUCUACAUUGCCAAAAGCGUUGCAUGAUUGGGUCUGGAGGCGGUUCUGUAGGGUAUUUUGCACACGGUACAGCAACUGAUUUCAUGUAUGACAUUGUGAGGGUUCCCAUGGCUUUCACCUUUGAGAUAUACGGAGAUGGAACAGCCUCAUCAAGAGACUGUUUUAAAAUGUUUAAUCCCACUGACCUUGCUAGCUACAAUAGAGUUCUCAAUGACUGGUCUGCAACAUUCUUUACAAUUUUUAAAUCGGGGCCACUCCACCUCGGUGAGAUCCAUUCAGAAGCGUCUGUCUUGAAAUUGGAUAAGUUGGUAUCAAUAGAUGAAUACCUAGAUGGAUAUUUAAUGGAGAGGAGAAAUAGAUACGGAAAGAAGAUGGAGGUGCUAGAGCUUGGAAUGCAAGAAAUAAGAACUUAUUUCAGGCUCUUUUUAUUAUCUUCAGUGUUACUAAUGUUCAUGUUCUGUUCUAGAAUUUCAAAAAGUAAGUGCAGUAGACCAAUUGUUUCUGCUAUGCCUCUCUAAAAUUAGAUCGUAAGUGAAAAUUGUAUAUCCAAUUUUGAGAAAAAAUAGUAAGUUAAAUUGUUGACUGUAUUACUAUGUAACGCACCUUUCUUUCGAGGCUAUAUAAUUUGAUUCUUUA